AUGUCGAAUAUGUGGAUGCUAUUCGGUCUUAUUAUCAUAUCACAAUAUUCUGUCUUUGCUAUCGGACUUUCCAAUAAGCAAGGAAAGGGACUCGAAAAAUUGGGUAUAACAAGUAAUAAUCCAAUCGGCAAGGUAUGCGCAUUACAGUCGACCAACGGCCCCAAAUCCCCGUCAAAAUCAAAUACAUUAUAUUAUUCAAGACAAAUCGAAAAUACGGCCCCAAAGAAACUGAAGGGUAAGCAUAAACCCAAACCUAGAUCUAGAUCCAAAAAGCGAGUAAACCCACAAAUCUUCCCGGGUCCCACAAAAGCCACUCUGCUCCCUACUAUCCUCGCCGGAACACCGACCCACAUUCACAUAUGGAUAGCCGCCACCGAAUCCUCCGGCAUUUUAACAACAUACACUAUCUCCACCCCGUCUCCAAAGCCCACGUUAGUGUAUAACUGUAAUAUAGUCCCCGCAUUAUGCAAUGCUGCUGAAAAACAUUUGGGUGUUGGGGUGGCGACUACUACACUUAUAUACGAUAGGUGGAAACCAGAGCGUGUUGAUGGUGUGAAGAUGAUCAAGGGUCGUUCGCGGGUAGAUGAAAGGCGGAAAUAUGCAUGUGGGAAUGGGAGGAAAUUAUUACCGUUUGAAGAGCAUAGAGGCGUUUUGAAGUGUCCUGCUGUUGAUUCUGUAUUUGGAGAGAAGACGCAGAAGGUUCAGCCGGGGUGGUUUACUGUGCAAUCUAAAGUUCUUAUCACGACUAAGAUUGCGGGGGAAGUAGUCGUAUUGACAACAUACACACCGGUGGUAUUUCCAGUGAAAUUUAUGGGGGCGAAUACGGUCGUAUUAAAUGACGGUGAAGAAGAUAUGACUACCAAAACAGUAGAGAACAAACUGGCGAUCGAGACGGAGGUCAAUGGGGUUAUGAUGAAGGAAAGGAUACCUUACAUAUUUAGUUGUGAGGAGUUUCCACCGGCGACGAGUAUACAGGGAGGAAUUGGAGCCGAUACAUACUGUGCGCAGAUUAGACAACCGAUGGGAUUUGCAACAGAGCAGAAUUGGCAGGGGUUUGCAAUUGCUAGUUUGAGGAACUACGCACAGAAGUCUAUGCACGGAUUCGACCCGCUACAGAAAAACGAUUAUACAACUACAAAUACACUAUUUGAAUACGACUUUGAAAUGAGAUAUUCAAACGGGUGCGGCGCGGUAUGGGUUGAGGGUGGUAGUGGUGACGUUGAGUACUGUUAUGGUCCUUGGGGUCCAAACCCGAAAGAUUGCUGUGGGAUUCAAGAUCAUACGGUGCCAACGGAGCAUGAUGUCAGUGCUAGUUUCGAAUUACGCAUCCAAGAUCGAAGUAUUGUGGAUGAAUUGGACCUUGAAGGAGAGAGGAAGGACGGGAUAUCAAUGCAUCCUAUCAAAGGUUCGCUUAACGGUCCUGAUAGUCUGCGCCUACAACCCGAAACGAGGGUUCUGGGCGUAGAAUGGGAUUUCGGAACCUUCAUCGGCCCCGAAGGGAGUUAG